AUGGCAGCAAAACUCAGUCCCAUCAAUGGCUUCCAUCCGGUCUUUCAAGAAGCCAUUUGCUUGUUUUUGAUUAUCUCGAGUCCGCUGGUUUGUCUGUUAUACUGGAUAGCAUACGAAUACUACGAAGCAAGUCUCUCAGACACUGUUUUAGCAAUCAGAUCGGCGAAAGAUAUCAUUGGCUUUGUUGUAGAUCGUAUCCCACGACCGACGUUAGCUUCAUCAUUGGCAUAUCUUGGCUGGGUUGUUUACCAAGCUGCAUUGUAUCAGUAUGCUCCAGGUCCUUUACACAUCGCACCGCGAACUCCAGGUGGUCGGCGGCUAUCCUACCGGCUUAAUGGGUUGACUGCCUGGGCUCUAACUCUAUUUACGGCGUUAGCAGCUUCUAAAAUCUUCAAUAUUGAACUAUCAUGGAUAGCAAAGCACUGGGGACAACUUCUCGCUUCUGCCAACCUUUAUUGCGCGGUCCUUAUAGCCAUAUUCAGGUAUAAGUCGAAGACUUGGCCAGAUAAUCAUGGUGAAACAAUUUCAAUGGAUGGCUUUUGGCGAGACCUAAUGAAUGGUGGUGAAUUACACCCACGGACAGGAGAGCUAUUCGAUUGGAAGCAUUUCAAUGCUAGCCGAACUGGAGGCAUAUUGCUCUGGACUCUUAUGUCAAACUGGUUUCUCGAGACUCUCGAUGGGAGCCAUGAACGGUUUUCCUUCUACAGCAUAUAUGGCUUUGCAGGUAUGAUGCCUCAUCUCUGGACACUCCAGUCACAGUACCUCGCCAUCCAUCCAGUUUCACUCUCAAAGGCCAAGGUGGUUAUGACAGUGAUAUUUUUCGUCAUAGGUUGGGCUGGACGUCACUUUGUUGAUCAACAAAAGAGCGUGGUAAAAGCCACCAAUGGAUAUUGUACGAUAUGGUGGAACAAGCCGAGGAUUAUUCGCACCAAGUACACAACGUCUGAUGGAAAAUCCCAUGAAGUGGUCAUACUAGGUUUUUGGGGUAUUGCUCGCCAUUUAAACUACGUAGGAAGCGUGAUAUAUACCUGGGCAUCCUGCUUUGCGUGCGGCACCGAUUCAUUUUUUCCGUAUGCGGAGGCGGUGGUAAUGACCUUGAUGUGUAUUCAUAGAUGUCACCGAGACGAAGCUCGAUGUCAAGAAAAGUAUGGCAAGGCAUGGGAUGAAUAUUGCCGCGAGGUCCCCUGGCGUAUGGUCCCUGGUUUAUAUUGA